AUGGUUGGUUACGUCGGCGGAGAUCCAUAUCAAUCUCCUUCCUUUGGUAAAUCGCUUUCAUUGAGAGUAGAUGGUGGUGUUAAUGCCCUUUCAAUCAAUCCUUCAGGUAGGGACGUUGUACUGGCAAGCAAGCAAGGUUUACACAUUAUAGAUUUGGAUGAUCCGUUUUCACCACCCAGGUGGCUAAGACAUGUUACACCAUGGCAAGUAGCAGACGUUCAAUGGUCACCACAUCCUGCGAAGCCGUACUGGGUUGUGUCGACAUCGAACCAAAAGGCAAUCAUUUGGAAUUUAGCUAAACCGUCAUCUAAUGCCAUUGAGCACGUCUUACACAAACAUUUCAGAGCUAUUACAGAUAUCAAUUUUAGUCCACAACAUCCAGAUAUUUUGGCAACCUGUUCUAUCGAUACAUAUGUUCAUGCCUGGGAUCUUAGAAGUCCACAGAGACCAUUCUACACCACUAGUGGCUGGCUUUCAGGAGCAUCUCAGGUGAAAUGGAGUUUUAACGAUCAAAAUGUUUUAGCAUCAGCUCAUGGUAAUGACGUUUGUAUCUGGGAUUUGAGAAAAGGUUCUACACCAUUAGGUAAACUAGUGGGACACGGUAGUAGCGUUAACAGUGUGGAUUUUAAUAGAUUCAAAAGAACAGAACUAAUGACAGGUUCCAAUGAUGGUUCCGUAAAAUUUUGGGAUUAUUCCAAAAGUUGCAAUGAACCUAUAAAGACCAUAAGAACAGAUUUCCCCAUAUGGCGAGGGAGGUACUUACCAUUUGGUGAAGGUUGUUGUCUAAUGCCUUCAGUUGGAGGGUUCAAUUCAGUUUAUGUGGCUAGUUUAGCAAAAAGAGAUGGUGUGGAAGAGGUUAACGAUUCUAAACUACAACCUAUCUACGCAUUUAAGGGACAUGAUGAUAGAGUGACAGAUUUUGUGUGGAGAUCGAGAAGUAGUUGUGGUAGUGAUGGAUGUGAUCGUGAAUUUCAGCUGGUAACAUGGUCGAAGGACUGUGAUCUCAGAUUGUGGCCAGUACCAGAAACCGUUUAUGAGAAGAUUAAUUUCAAUAGGCAUCAACAAUUAGAUGAAAGUAUCCCGGACUAUGAGUAUACCACUUAUAAUAGAGAACCUGAAGUGGCUAAACCCCAACUAGGUUCCCAUUCCAAAAGAAUUAAGGAAAAUUUCGUCUCUACAUCAGGGUUAAAGAGUAAAAAGGACGUUAAUCAUAUCUCUUGGCUUUCAGGUGUGAGAAUGAAUUACAAUAGCUCACCUGAAAGUAUAUUUAAAGAAAGAACUUUACAAAAUUUGGGGGAAGAAGUAAGCUCUUUGGGUCAUAAAUUUCCAAAAGUCGUGUUUGAAAAAAUAUCUGUAUCUACAGGUGAAUUGAUUAUUACAUUGAAUGGGCCUUGGUCUGACAAUAAUCCUGAUGAGUAUGUCUUCUUAAGAAUUGAUGUCAAAGUGCCGCCUGAAUAUCCAAGUAAGGGCUAUCCUCCUGUGUUCUCCAUUGAAGACAAUGGUAAUUUGUCCAGCGAAAGGAGAGAAUAUAUAAACAAGCAACUGAAAGAGAUCAGUGAUACUUGCACAGCUUCAGGGCUUUACUGUUUAGAGCCUUGUUUGAGGCUUUUACUGGGCGAAAAGGUCAACCUCGAGGAAUUAGGUCAAAAUGAUGAACCAUUAUUGAAUUUUGAAAUUGCAGAUCAAUUGGCAAUGGAAAACCUGUCUUCGGUACCUAGUUCAGAGGAUCCCACUGAAUACUUGUCCGAUUCUUCUACCUCAGAAUCCGAAGAGAAAGAGGAUGACAAGGUUCUCAAUAUGGGUGUCGAUUUCGAUGGUCAAAUAAGUAGAGAUUUGGCAUUUGACAGUACACCAGUACCGACUGAAUGUGGUGCAAUUUGGUCUCCCAAUGGUACCUUGCUAUGCUUCUUUGCAUCUGAGGGCAAGCAAGACAAGAAGCAGCAAGCCAUGCUUCGACUGGCCAGUAGAGAUACUGCGAAACAUCAGAAUGGAUACCAUAGAAAGGGCAGCCGUAAAAACAUGAUCCUCACAGAAAAUAAUGCCACUGAUUCCAAUAAGAAUCUAAGGCCUAAAAGGUACGUGGAGACCAUUCCUUCAGCGGCAAAUCCCCUCGGAAAAAGUAACCACGUAACUUCGGAGGAGGAAAGUAAUUCAGAUGAAUAUUCCGAUAGCUUUGAAGAUGACUGGAGUGAUAUCUUGGUCAAUGACAUCGGCGUCAGGACUAAGUUGCCUGCGCUACGAGGUAGGGUGUCCAAGACAUUUGAAUCCGUAAACUCGGAAUCAGGAAAGACUACAGAGUCCAAGAAGAUGAAGAAUGUGGUUAUUACGAAAGAUUUUAGCCAUUUAAUUCCAGACCGUAAGGAUUUAGCACUAGAAUUUAGAUUUACAGAUGCCCCUCAAGGGGAAUUGGCAAGACAUAAUGCACUAGUCGCUGAAAAAUACGGGUUAGAAGAGAAGAGCCAUUGUUGGCAGAUUCUUUCUGACCUUCUUAUGACUAAUGAGGAGACCGAUCCAUACAAUUUGAUAUGGGACAAUCAUCCAAUGGGGAUCAAGUGGUACAUCAAGGAAGUAUUGAGUUAUUUUGAGAAGAGAAACGAUGUACAGAUGUUAGCCAUGCUGGGUGCAGUGGCUGCUAAUACUGCAACUUCAGUCCUAUCCACUACCAAUGCUGAGAAAUUGGAUUCUAAUCAUGCUAAUAAAAAGAUGGAGAGUACAAUUAAUUUUAACCCCAAUGAAAACGCAAAUUCUUGGAGAACCGAUAUGUUAUCACACUUAUCUUCCAGUAAUGGUGUAGCUCCCAGUUUUUUUGAAUCCAACAGACACAGACCUUCGCCAGAUGAAAUUUCUAUCAAAUCUGAAGACUAUUUCAGUCUCAAACAUUACAAUAACACAGCCGCAAUUGCACCAACUGUGAGUCCACCAAUAAGUAAUACUGCGGUGAGUGCUACAAUCGCACAUAACCAACAGAAUGCUUCAAAGCUACCAAAUGUUACUAUCGAAUUAAUCGAUGAUGAUGUAUUGACAGCAAUUAGACAACCAGUACGAUCAUUAUUGGACCCAAAUGAUGCAGUUAAACUUAGAUUUUACAGUUACCAAUAUGCCAAACUUCUCUAUAUUUGGGGGUUACCAAUGCAAAGAGCAGAAUUACUCAAGAUAAGUUUCGAAUCUAUCCAUAAGAACACUUCAGAUUUUGACUCUCACACAUCAAAUGAUAACCAAGAUUUAUUUGGUGAAAUCAGAACAAGUUGGAUGGAGAAUAAAUACAGAGAACCUAAUUUCCACAGUUGCAAUUACUGUGGUCUCAAAGUUACAAGGAACAUAUUUUUAUGUGAAAGUUGUGAGCAUGUUAUGCAUGCAUCUUGUGCAAGAGACUGGUGGGCUCAAAGUGAGCAAUGCGCAUCUGGAUGCGGUUGUCACUGUACUGACUUAUUAAAAAUGUCGUGA